AGCUCUGUAGAAUUUCAUCAGGAUUCUCUAAUAGAAUUUGGUCAUUCCAACUUCAGUCCUUCAGAGGUCGUCUACAGCAGAGACACUGAGAUGAUUUCAUUUAGAAAGGAUGUUGAAUAGUCUCACUGUGUGCUUCUAAUACCACAGAAAACAUCACCAGUUACACACAAAUGAAGGAGGAAGCCUUCUGCGUGUGCGCUGACAGAAUGAGACGCAUUCUUUACCUCAGGCCUACUAAGCACAUUCUAAACGUUCCCUCUACAUGCUUGUAAAUUAGUUUAGGCUACGGUAAAAUACUGUUUUUGCUACUGUGUUUUGUAAGUAAGUAAGUAAGUAGGCCUAAAGACCUCGGGCCACAUGACACCCCAUCGAAAGUGAGGCGAUUAGAACUAGCCUCUCAUGACUGCUAAUCUUUUGUCUGCCCGUGUGCGGUGGCUGCCAGGAGAGCCAUGUGCGAUGAAGCCCAGCGGGCUAAUAGAAUUUAGCUCCAGGACAUGUGCGCGUUAUUUCCCGCUCUCUUCCUUUUUAUAACCACCAAAUUAGACUAUAUUUGGGGCACAGCUGGAGCCUUUUCUUGGUAACUGCUGGUCUCGGGAUCGGCCGCUCAUUUGGUUAGAUAUUGAUGACAUCUCGCUUUUAACGCGAAAGGUCGGUCUUUGUGUCUUUUCUAUCCUGACGUCAGGUGAAUUACCAAAACGCAGUCCCACCCUAUUUAAAAAAGAUCUUAUGAUUAUUUUUAAUAUGGGGAAAUGUCCUUGUAGGAAAAUAUCUGAGAAAAAUUAGGACCACUUUCUAUAAUUCUUAAAACACAAAGGGACAAGGCUUAGGUGUUUUCAUGACUAAAUAAGUACAUUCUUAACUGUCUAUUCUAAAAAAACUAAAACAUCAACAAAUGAAACUAUUGAAAACUGUGAAAAAAAUCAAAACAAAAAGCAGAGGGAGAAAUAUCAUAUCAAUGUCAUGCAAGCUUUGUCUGGGUGUACUGUGGUCCCAUUCACUAAACACUGUAUGGCUUGCACAACAGGUGAUACUGUGAGGUAAAAAAAUACCUUUUUGAGUUGCUGACCAAUUACGUUGGCCGCUUCCACGCAACAAUAAUCUCAUAGAACAACAAAGUGUGGCCAAUUACCAGCUGAGAAAACAAGCACAGCCCAACAUCCCCUUCGACUGUCCUUAACUGGACACAGAGAUGCACUCCGCGCUCCAGCGUCUGUGUCUGCAUCUCGUGAGUGUGGCCGUGCGCCGCAGAUAGAGGACUCUUUCAUUGGGGGUCAGGGGAGGAGAGCGGGGCAUGGUGGCAGGGCAGGGACAUAGCCUACAUGAACACAAGCCCGUUAUUCUCACGCGCCUCCACAACGCUCACCCUGACCACUGACCGCUCUGUAAGUAGGCUACCGUUUACACUGUCUCUGUUUUCCAACUCUGGAUUUACAAAGAAAAAUCAAUGGAAGCAUUACCAUUUUUAUUGAAUAUGUGACUAUAUACUGUACUUUGCUAAAAAAUAUUUUAGUAGUCAUAGACAAUUUUACUAGUUUAGUUUAAUUCUGUCUAUCUGUAAUUAUCUGUGUUGCUGAUAAUUGUAGAGAACUGGCUUGAAUAGGAGAUAGGAGUAUAUUAAUGUGAGCAUUUAAGAGCAGUCUUGGAGGAAAUAUGUAUUGCAUUCUCAGGCUUUCCAUCAUUAUUUCUGGUUUCUCAGAGAAUCCAGCUUUCAGUAUAGGCUAUGUAUUUCAAAUUCAGCUACUAUUUUCCUGUAUAUUCUUCGCCAUUGAAUUUAUUUUGAAGUGAAUGAUAAGCCAAGUUGUUUUUCCUCAUUGUAAAUAUUUGUGAAUAUGUCGAGUGUCAUGAAAUUGAUACACACUCUCUUUGUAGAAAAAUAUGGCCAAUGCUGCAGGCCAGGUCAUUGUUGCCACCAUCGGCCCCUUUGGGGACAGCCCGGUGCAGGUGACGUGCCCAAGCUGCCACCAGACGGGCGUCACCAAGGUGGAGUUCUCCUCCGGCCUGAUCACCUACCUGUUCUGUGGUGGGCUCUUCAUGUGCGGGCUGGUCCUUGGCUGCUGUCUCAUCCCUUUCUGUGUCGACCGUCUGAGGGACGCAAAACACUCUUGUUCCAACUGCAAGGCUGUGCUUGGGGUCUACAAGCGUCUAUAACCUGAGCACACACACACACACACACACACACACACACACACACACACACACACACACACACACACACACACACACACA